AUCACAGCAGAACACACCAGUCAGAUAUUUGAUACCGCAGUUAGAUAGGACAGAAUUCAAUUGAUCAGAAUGAUGCGUUUUCAUUCGGCGUGUUUCGUAGUCCUCUGUUGGGCGGUUAUUUGUAGAGGUCAGGAAAAAUGCUGCAUUAAGCCCGACAUGUUCGCUGUUACUUCCGGAUCGCUCGUCGGUUGGCACUUAGGUGAAGACUUUGGAGUGAUGUCAGAAAAUAUAUUCAUAGUUGCUGAUUUUACACAACCUCGAUUCUUCUAUAACGUCACUGCAUAUGUAGACACGAACAUAUCGACGACCAUUUUAAUGGAUGAUUACAAACAGAACGUCAGAUGGGUUAUUGAUCCUGUUGGAAAGACUUGCCAAAAGGAACCUUUGCCAAAUGAAAAGUACAAGCCAAUCAACAGGUGCGUUCCAGAUAAUGCACAGUUUUUACAGCAAGUAAACAACCCUGGUAAUGUGCUGGUUAAUAUGUGGUAUUAUGAAUACAAAACAGAAUCGGCAGAUGGAAUGAUGUCAACUGGAGUUACCGUUGAUGAGUGCCUGCCAACUGGAGGCUCAUUCGUUGGAAAAACAAAGAAUACUGGAGAAGACGUUUACAUAAUGGAGGCUUUUGGUUUCUUCAACUUUAAGGCAUUGACUGAUGUUUCACAAUAUUUUAAGCUUCCAUCUUAUUGUGAUACAAAAUUCAAUUUUGUAAGUAAUUCAAAGGUUAUGAUGAAGACAAAGGCGACCGAAGAUGCUAAGCGAUUGGUUAGGUCCAGACGUUUCUUGUAAGCCUACAGUACGAAGAAAACACAUAAAGUUACUUAAGCUGCUUUCAACAUGCGCGAAAGUUGUAGUGAACGUUGUGAUUAGGUUAUUUCAGAAAAUUACGUUUAUGUUAAUUAGUUAAAAAAUCACGUUAUAUAUAUGUAUUUUUGUUUGUACUUUUUAAAAACCAAACUGUCACGUUAUUAAAUCGUUUUUAUAGCAUACAUUUGUUAAGGUGAAGUGUACAAAACUACCAUACAAAUGCUCACCACCACUUGAGAAUGCUUAGGCUUAUUAGCAAAAGAAAAAAAAAGAAAAGAAAAGCUUUACUACUCAGAUUACGACGGUUAAUAUAGUCACAAUAAAGUAAACAACAAAUAUUGAA